CCCUCAAGCAAAAAAAAGUUCAACGAUGAGCAAGUUUGAAGUGAAGGAUUUUGUAUGGGCCAAGCUUGGAACGCACCCAUACUGGCCAUCGCGGGUUGAGGAAAUCAAGGGAACGGAAGCCAAGGUGCGCUUUGGUGCGACAUUCGACCACUCAUGGGUGCCGCUGGCAAAUCUGCGCAAAAUGGGCGAGAACGACCAGGCGCUGCGCACGGCAGGCGUGAAGGCAGCCCUCGCGUCCACAUCCAACGUCGAGGCGUUCGACCAACGCCAGCAGGCAGCCAUUGCGAGCGAAUCCAAGAAGGGCGGACGCAAGAGCAAGUCGUCGUCCGCAGGCAAGGGCGACAAGAAGGCGACCGACGAGGAAGCCAACGACAAGGAGGACGAUGAGGCGUCGGAUGGCGCGCAGCAGUCGGACGGUGAAGACGACGAUGGCGACGAUGCCAGCGCGAGCUCGGACGAGGACACGUCGCGUCGGCGCAAACAGCAGCGAAUCCGCACCAAGGCGCAGAGCAAGAUUGUCCGCCCGCAAAAGCGGUCCUCGCGCGCCGCCGAAUCGGCCGCCAAAUCUUCCCGCAAGAAGCCGCGUCUGGAAGAAGACACUGCCGCCAGCUCGGAUGCCGACGUUGCAGAAGAGGAGGGCAGCGACGAGGAAAAGCCCAAGCCCAAGAAGGAACGCAAGGACAAGAAGGAAAAGCGCCGUCCGGACCCGAAGGAAGGGUCCAACGCCGAUGGUGCUGCAAGCGACAGCGAUGAGACCAGCAAGUCUGCCAAAGUCAAGAGCGAAGACAAGGAUUCGGACAAUGAAGACUCAGUCACAGUCGCAGCCCCAGCCCUCGUGGUGGCUCAGCCUCCCAAGAAGAUUUCCUUGCUCGACGACGGCGAUGAUGACGAGGAUGAUUUCCAGUCUGCUCCGCGACCCGUAAAGGAGGAAAAGCCCAAGCCCGCCCGAGUGCGCAAGCCAAAGGAACCAAAGGCCAAGAAGGAGACCAAAUCGUCGACCAAGGGCAGCGACUCUGAGGCGUCAACCACGGUUGCGCAGUCGGACGACGACGAGUCGCAGCGCUCCAAAAAGACAGCCAAGCCAACGCCAGCAGCGGCGGUGGCGGCGGCCAGUAGGCCGACGAAAAAGCGCGCCCUUAGUGACUCAGACUCGGACUCGUCCGACGAAGGGAACGACGACGAGGAAUCGGCGGUGGCGAUCGCGGGCCGACCAUUAGACAAGGAGCUGGCUGAAAUCCGCCAACGGUUGAUGACUGCCAUUCCGAAAGACAAACCUGUUAACGUCGAUCUGGCUGUCAAGCUGCUGACGAGGCUGAAGAAUCUUCAUUUUACAAAGGCAGACCGAGACGUGCUUCGCACGUCCAACAUCGGGUUUGUCGUUUCGCAGCUGACGAACUUUACCAAACAUCCUGAAAUUGCCGAGCUCAGCAAGGCUGUCAAACAGCAAAUUAUCAACGAGAUUGGCAAACCGGCUGGUUCGGCUGGUUCGGCUGCUGCUGCUGCUGCAGUCGCCGCACCUCCUGCGGCUUCUUCUGGUGCAGAACAGGCUGCAGCCGUCACAUCGGUGGAUGCAGUUGCUGCAUCUGCACCUGUUGCAAUGGACGUAAAGAGCGACGACACAGUACCAAUGCAAACGGAAUCGACUUCCUCGGAGCAACAACCGACAUCAUCAUCGACUCAAGCGGAGCAAGCGAAUGUACAGACAGACUCAAUCAGCUCAGCCUCAGAAUCAUUGCAAGCACCCAGCAGCAGCGAAGAGCCCGCAAGUACCGCUGAGCCAAUGGAGCAAUAGUUUUUUGGUUUGAAUGAAUACGUUAGCAGCG